GUGUGAUAUAACAACUACAACUUCAACUGCACUUGCUGGAUUGAUGUAUACAAGAUAUAACAACUACAACUUCAACUGUACUUGCUGGAUUGAUGUAUACAAGAUGUAACAACGUGCUUCAUGUUUCAUGCUAAUAAUAAAUACUAAUCCUAAAUAAUGUUGACUUUGUUUAUCAUUUAACUAAAAGGUUAUUAAAUAGCUACAAAGACACAACAUGGUGUCAGAAAAGCAUUUUCCUGAGGAAAAAGAUGUACCCAUGUGUAAAUAAGUUAGUAGUGUAUGGAACUUUUUGUGUUCACCUGUGCUUAUAAGUAAUAAUUGAAAUGGAAACCUUCAAACCACCUGGAGCCAUGUCAUUUAGUGGCAAUUUGAAAGAAAAUUGGACAAAAUGGAAGCAGAAACUUGAUAAUUUCCUUGUAGCCUCGGAGAAAGAUGAAAAACCAGAUGCAGUUAAAAUAGCGAUCUUGUUGAAUCUAAUCGGUGAUGAAGGUGAGAAUAUCUAUAACACCUUUAAGUUAGAAGAUAAUGAAAAGACAUUUAAUAGUAUUAUUAAAAAAUUUGAUGAUUAUUGUUUUCCACAAAGUAACGAAGUUUUUGAACGGUUUAAAUUUUUCUCCUGCUCUAAAAAGGAUGGUCAAAGCAUUGACAACUAUGUGACAGAACUAAAAACUCUAGCUGCUUCGUGUAAUUUUGGAGACCAGGAAACCAGCUUGAUUCGAGAUAGAAUAGUACUUGGAGUGAAAGACACUGGACUGCAAGAGCGAUUACUUAGAGAGCCCAGUCUAACCUUACAGAAGGCUGUUGACAGUNUGAAGAAGACCAUGAUAACAUUUUAUUAG